AUGUCCUUCGGAGCCCAUCCCCGAAAGGCCAACAAAAAGAAUUUGCCACUGGAAACUCUAAUGCCACAAGUUCCACGUAGCAAUUACUUGCAGUUUCAGGAAGAAAAGCAAAGACUACAACUAAAGAAAUUCCUUCUUCAUAGGAUGUUCCUAGUGGCCAGAAUAACAGCAAACAUAGAAAAAAAAGAUAUUGCUGACUACUACGAACAAUUGUUUCAGUCAAUUUUGAAAUAUCACCUAGGAGAAGCAGUGACAGGAUUAUUGCUCAUAUAUCCUACAUCCAUUCUGCAUAUCCUGGAGUCCUCCAGUGGUACUUUUUACCAAAUUCUUUUAGAUUACCUGAGCCAUAAAAAGGAUGAAAUGGAAUUUUUUAUCCAAGGAAUGAAGAUUAUAGUCAUGUCCCACAAUAUCCCAACAAGGCUGUUUAUGCAGUGGCAUGUUUCAGUAGUAAAAGCGCCGGUCAUGUAUCUAGAUGAUGUGACACAGACACAGUCCCUAGAAGAGGUCAUGACAGAAUUUCUCAUCCAAACACACAAACUAGCACUUCACAUUUUUAAGACUGUGAAAUUGAGCCCUAAAGGACCAGGCGACAGUUUGCACCAAGCUGCACCUGAAUUACUCCUCCCAGAACAAAUAAUAAAGUACUUGUGCAACUCUGCAGAAUUAAUGGACCCAGAAGGUUUUAUAAACAUGUACAAUAAGCCCAUACAUGUCACAUUGGAUUCUGAGGUGGUAUGGCCCGCUCCUUCGCGUUUCUAG